AUAUUAGUCUAUUGAUCUUUGACGAAUGCCACAACGCCGUCAAGGCGCACCCGUACACGAAAGUGAUGUCUCACUACUGUCAGUAUUUAAAGGAGCGCUUUCCCUUUACUUUCACGGAAGAUCGCCUUCUUCGGCCGCGCAUUCUUGGCCUCACUGCUUCUCCCAUAUCGUUUAAACUUUAUCAGAAAUUUGAUGCCGCGGCGUUGCAGGAGCAACUUUCUCUGCUGGAACACGUGUUGUGUUCUAAAAUAGUAACAAUUGACUCUGAAGAAAGUUUGAAAGAUUUUGUUGUGACUCCGGAAGAACACGUGGUUUGGUUCCCAUCAAAUUUUGCGUCUAAAAAUGAGAAGACUGCUUGGGAGGUACAGUGGCGUAACUCUGUCUCAUUGGCUGUUUGCAGUCUUGGACGGAUCGCUUUAGAUUAUUUAGGCAAUACUAGUUUGUUGACGCCAUGUGCUCUCAAGGAGCUGGAGAGAUUUCCGAUGUAUACUAAGAAAUCGCAAAAGCUAAAAGCGUUGCUUCUCCGCUAUUCGUCCAUAAAAACAACCGACAAAAUUUGCCAGGGAAACGAUGGUGCAUUAUCCACCGAUCAAGACACACCGUUUUGCGGUAUUGUAUUUGUUAAUCAGAAAAUUUGCGCUCUCGCAUUGGCCAAAAUGAUUAAAAACGAUCCUGAGUUGAGCAGUUUCUACCGGCCUGGAGUUUUGUUUGGCCUGAAAGACACAUUCCACUUAAAAUGUCAAAAUACAGAAUUCGAUGAACAAAAAAAUAUCAUAAAAAUUGAGGAAACUCCGAAUCCAGAAGCAAACGAAACUCAUAGUCCGCCUUUUUUCUUGCUCCGCUUACCGACUUUCGAUGAAAUAAAGAAACUCGCAUCUUCCGGGCCUCUUGAUAAACUCGUUACUAAACAAAAUGACACUAAAAUAAAAGUUGAAAGUGAUAAUAGUGAAGAUGAUAGCAAUACUUUCACAGAAGAGGAGAAUAGCAAUAUUAUUAACGAGCAAAAUAAUACGAAAGAUAGUGAAGAAGCCAAUACCUGUGCAGUGGACGAUCUCUUGUGCUUUAGCGUUGAAGAAUUAUUGGAGGAUGCUCAAAGUAUGAACCAGUUCUUUUCUUUAGCCCAACAGCGAAAGACAAUGGAUUUGUUUAUUAAAGGACAGGUGAAUGUUUUAGUGUCCACGUCGGUGGCUGAGGAAGGCCUCGAUGUUGGGCGUUGCAACUUCGUUGUUCUAUAUGAUAGCGCUCCCAGCUUUAAAAAAUACAUUCAAGCAAGAGGAAGAGCUCGUAGAGAAGGCGGUUCACUAUUUUUUUUUCAAGAAUAUUUUGAAGCUGAUCAAGUGCGGCCCGUUUGUCCCUUACAACAUUAUAAAAAGAUUGAAACGUGCAUUUUGCAAAAGUUGAUGUCGCAGGUCAGCCCGGCCUCCUACUUUGUUGACCACAGAGGAAGUGAGUUUACUACCAAAACCGGCAUUGUGUUACGCGCUGAGGAGGCUAUCACCUGUCUUCACCGCUACUGCGCCACAUUGAAUACCAAUACGCACACAGCAUGCUCCCCUGUUUAUCAUGUGACCAAUGCCAGAGGUUUUAAAAGUUUAGUAGACUCGAUGAGGCUAACUGGACAAAUUGAUUGGCCGGAAUGUUCACCUUCCAUCGCAUGCAACGAAGCGGUUGACACUUUUGCAAAUUCUUUCUCUAGGGGAAACUCUAAUGACCCGCCCUUCUUCUGCACUGUUCAACUGCCUGGUGAUUCGCCAGUUUCGUUUGUUAUGCCCCCUGAUAGCUAUCGCGGCUUCUCCUCUAAAAAGAGAGCCCGCCAAGAAACUGCACUGAUAGCCUGUCAGCGCUUGUAUCUUGCUGGAGCGCUCGAUGAGCAUUUGCUGCCAAUGUCCAUACAGAUCCUUAAAAAUAGCGACCUCAUGAAAUCCUCUCCCUUGAUUUCCAAUCAAAACUAUCGAGUGCAUAUCCCCAUGUUUUUACGGUUUAACAAAAAAACUUGCCCAUCAAAGCUGCGCCAAGAAGCCAUUUGUCAAGCACUGCCCCAACAAUGCAGUGCAGAAGGGCUUGUACGCACUGAAAAUAGUGAACAGAAUUGUAAUGUUGAGAACUCAGAGUUGCUAAAGGCGCCAAAGUUUCAACUGGAGCUUUUCCUUUAUGAGUUUAAUUCUAUUGGCUGGAAGGGAACGCCGGCGUCCUUAAAGUUUGCCGCGAAACAGUGUUGCAAUAAUUUGUGUUUAUUAACGCUUGGGCCCCUCAAUCAGCUUAUUGGAGGCCAUCACUUUCCUCUUAUUGGUCAGUAUGAAAAAAUUAAAAGUAACAAGCGCGGUCUACAGGAUUGUUUAAUUCAUUUUAAUUUUAUUGUUUGGUGUUCGUACAUUGGUCAAUGUAAGAAAAUACACGGUGUUGCUGCCUUAGUUUUUGCAGUAUGCGCUGAGAAUAUUGUCAGCCCCCUGCACAUGUCGUAUAACGGCGCUUUUUGGGCUCAUUAUCUUUUCAAACUGAUAAAUUAUUAG